AUGGAUGCUGGUAAAUUUUGUUCUGGAUGUUUACGGCAUCAGGAACAGAACGCUGCAGCGGUAUGGUGUCUUGACUGCCAAGAAGAUGUAUGUGAGGCAUGCGCAAAGGCCCAUAAGAGGAUUAAUCCUCCACACAAAGUAAUGCCUCUUAACGAUGAACAUGUAAAAGGUCCUUCAUUUACUCACAUGAUACAGUUUUGUGAUGUCCACAUAGACCAGAAGUAUGUUCAAAUUUGUACAGAGCAUGACAAAAUUAUUUGCGAGUUAUGUCUGAAAGAAGUCCAUGCAAAUUGCAAUUCGGUCAAACCAAUAGAAAGUUUCAGCAAAGAGUCAGAAAACUGUACAUGGAUAAAAGAAUUACAAAAGGAAAUGAAAAAUUUAGAUGGUGAUUUGCAUACAUUGAUGAAAAUUCAAACAGACAUGAUACCACAACUGAAAGAAAGAAAGAAAGAAAUCCUUAAACAGUUAUCAGUCGUUAGACAACAGAUUGAUGCUCAAUUAGACAAAAUGGAGAAUGAACUCAUAGCUGAUCUUAGUGAGAAAUAUAAUACUUGUAAGAAAAUGAUAGAACAAUCAAAUCAUAGCACUGUUAAAAAAAGUAGCGACUUGCAAUGUUGGAUUCAAAAUCUGACAAAAAUAGAAGAAAGUCAUGACGAAGUCCAAAUAUUUCAAGCCAUCAAAGUCUUUGAUCGUAAACUAAAAGAGGAAAAAAGUAGCAUGGAUAAAAGUCAACAAAUCAGUAUCGAAUUUCAUACACCAGAUAUAAAUGAGUUACUGCUCAACUUUAUGAGUUUUGGAGAAAUAUCAGUGAUAGAAUGUGUAAAUGUAGAACUUCUGCACGCAUUGAAACAAGACCAACCAACGAACGAAUCAGAAAAGUCAAAUGUUUCUGAUUCAAGCUUGAGAGAAGGAAACAUUCAAUGUAUUACAGCAUUUUCUACACCAAUUUUCGGGACUGACGUUGAAAUUGAGAGGGGAUGCUUUAUAACUAACAAUAGACUCCUAUUACUAGACAUUGACCAGCAUUUUCUAUAUGUGUGUAGUUUUGAUGGGUCAGGAGUAGAAACAAUCCAAGUUGAUCAAAAACCCUGGGAUGUCGCAUUGAUUGAUUCCGUGAAUGCUAUAAUUACAUUUCAGAAUAGAGGGUAUAGAAUUUUGGACUUGUCAACUCUUACACUUGGCCAAUAUUUGAAACCUGAAGCUCCAGGUUGUUAUGCUGUGACCUCAAGUCAAGGUCAAAUAUGGAUUGAUACAGGGUCGUUCGCAAUCAUUCAGAUUGACAUCAAUGGUAACGUUUUGCGGACUUUAACAACAAAACAUGAAAUAAAAUCUAUAUGUUCAAACGACACAGGUUACAUAUACUAUGUAUCUAAUGAAGUGCAGAAUGAUAAAAUUUAUUGCAUAAAGGCUGAAGGAGAAGAAAGUGUUUUCUACGACAGCCCAGAUCUACGAUGGCCUUCUGAUAUCACUUUGGACAAUAAGGGAAACGUUUACGUUGCUGGGGGCGUUUCGAACAAUGUGCAUAAAAUAUCACCUGAUGGAAAGAAACAUGAAAUCAUACUGACAAAAGAGGACGGUGUAUACUCAUCGUGUGGCAUGUGUUACAACAAGGAAAGAAAAACUAUUUUUGUAAUUAGUGAUUAUGGGAAUAACAUUGUGACAUACAAGUAA